AUGGAGGAGGGGGCGCGCGCGGCGGCGGCGGCGACGCGCGCGGCGACGACGCGGCGGUGCGGAGAAAAGGAUACGGGAACGGCGAUCGCGGCGAGCGGGGCGCUGUUGGCGCUGUGCGCGCGGUUUCCAGAGAUGCUGGAAGAUGUUUUAGGGGAUGUGCUGGAGGAGACGUCGCGGGAGGGUGGGACGAGCGAGGCGAAGGUGCGCGGUUUGGCGUUCGCCGCGAGCGCGGCGGCGGCGAACGAGGACGCGGCGAGCGUCGUGGUGAAAUCGGGCGCGCUCGACGCGUGCGUGCGUGAGAUUGAUGGUCCGGAUUUAUUAUCGUCUCUCGCGUCGCUCGAGAUUCUCGCCGAAGUCGCGGAAUCGUCCUCCGCGGCUGCGAGAGGGUUGAAGAGCGUGGGGUCGCUGGGCGACGCGCUCGUGCGGGCGACGCUGGACGAAACCGCGGACCCGGCGCUCCGCACGCGCGCCAUGAUCGUCGGUGCGAGAAUCGCGGCGACUUGCGCGACGAGCGAUGAGGCGCUCGUUCAGGAGAUGGCGCGCGUGCUGACGGCCCAGGAAUCGAAUUUUCGCGACGCCGUCGUCGACGCCGCCGGCGAGCUGUGCUUGACGAACGCGAUCGUCGCGACAAACUUUGUCAAGACGACGAAGACCGUCGUCUUCACCGCGGCCGACAGCGCGCUGCGAGGACGCGGCGAGUCGCAAGUGGUCGCAUUGCACGCGUUGGCGAACGUGUUCGGCGCCGAACGAGGCGAACAAGAAAUCCUGGACGACGAAGCCGAGUCCAUCCUCGCCGACGCGAUUUUCGCCGCGUGCGGCUCAAAAUCUUUCGGCGACAUCAUCUCCACCGCCUUGGCGAACAAGAGCGACCAUUUCGUCAACCUUCGCGUCGCCGUCUAUCGCCUCCUGUCCACCGCGGGCCAUCGCGCGCGUUUCGCCGAGGAAAUCGCCGCGCAUCCCUCCGCGCGAGACGCCCUCGCGCUCGACGUCGAGCCCGCCCUCGUCGCCGCGCGCGCGCGUCGCCGCGCGCUCGCCGCCCUCGCCGACGCCGACAUCGCCGACGCUCGCGCGCGCGACCUCUUUCGCGUCGCCGCCACCGCGUCGCCGCGCGCCUCGACCUCGCGUCCGAGCGCCGUCCCGGACGUCCUCGCGUCCCAUCGCCAGUAG